GGUACAGCAGAGGGUCACAGUGGAACCCAGCGCUGAGGCUGGAGCUCAGGGGACCCUUGACCUUUUACCCUCGCCCUCGCCCCCCUCCCUGGCGAAUGGGCUUCACCUGCACAGGAGGCCUGGCCUUGGAACACGCAGACGCUGGCAGACAGAGACACACACCGAGACACACACCGAUGCUUUGACACACACACCCGGACAGACAGAAGUCAUAGACAUGCAGAUUUACACGGAUCUCCAAAUGCACACACCUGUGGAGACACGCAUGGACACUCACACACGCAUGGACACUCACACACACAUGGACGCUCACACACACACGGACUCUGCCGGUCCAGAGCAUCCCAGAACUGAUUCAUCAUCAGAGAUUCACACCAGGUCAUCUCAGCGACAGGUCCUCCUGCCUGUCAAUCAUCCAGCCUGCACCAAUCAGCAAGUUGCUUCCUCUCCCUGCAGCCCGCCUACUCCACACUCUGCAAUCAGAGACAGGCCCCCGGCCAUUAGCCCUGCCCAUAUUGGACCAACACCUCUAGAUCUCUCUAAACCCUCAAGAGCUAUUGGCCCAAAUCCUCCAGGCACUUCUUCUGUUGGUCCAUUCUGUCCAGACCCUUCUACUAUUGGCCCGGACCCUGUAGAACCCUCCCCUGUACCUGUUGAAGGUGAGAGGAAGUAUGCGCUUCGUAGCUCCGGUCGACCUCGCUUCCCCUGCCAGCUACGCAAGUCCUCCCGCAUCCGCCGAUCCACCGAGGAUGGAGAGAGGAGGGGAGGGAGGGAGAGCGAGAGGGAGGAGGAGGAGGAAGAGGAGGAGGAGAAAGAGAGGGUGAGUGUACAUGUGAAGGUAGAGCGGCCCACCGUGGAGGAGUGUUUACCUGCAACCUACAAGCCUGUAGACUCAGCUUUACCUGUAGCACCACGCCCCUCACCACGCCCCUCACCACGCCCCUCACCACGCCCCACCUCUCACUCCGCCCCCCGGCCAGCGCCUAAACCCAGAACUUCAACCAGACCCCAACCCAGACCUUCAACCAACGACGCCAAACCUAAAGCCCAACCCAGACCAUCGAUGAAAGCCUCGCCGAAAUCCUCGCCCAGACCAGCGAGCAAUCCUUCGUCUCGUCCAUCGACCAAUACCGUGCCCCGGCCGGCAGUGAAGAAGGAGGUGCCUGAUGAUCUAGCUCCUCCCACUAAACAGAAACGGCGGUUCGUUGGUGUGAGGCGUAUUGUGGUGAAGGUGGCUCGUAUCCCGGUCAACCUCAGCAAACGUCAGAAGAGCUACAAGAUUUCCUCCAUGGAGACCGUUGUCGGGCCGGAGAGGGGCGGGGCCAGUGGCGAGGGGGGGUUGGAAGGAGCAGAGGGGGGGACAGCGGUGGUCCGAGAGCCGACUGCGCUCCUUCGCAUGAAGAACAACGGGAAGAGUGUGAUGGUCAUGUUCCCGCCUGGAGAACUUCCGGUGAUCCUGAAACGCCGACGAGGCCGACCUCCCAAACAGGUUGUACCGGGAAUGCCAGAUAAAACAGGUGGGAAUUCCACCGCUGCCAGUGGGAACGGCGAGCCCAAGAAACCUCGUCGGCGCCGGCAGGCCAAGCUCCCAUCUCCGCAACCGUCGUAUGUGAAUGACACCAAUGACGUCAAGACAGAGUACGGAGACGUUCUGUCCAAACUGGCGUUCCUAAACCACCAACCGCCUGCCACCGGCCGCUGUUCCCCACCACGCUGCUGGACACCCAGCGAACCGGAUAGCUUUCACACGCCGUCCGACAACCCUGGGAUCUCAGCCCUGCUCCACCGACUCACAGGGUUCAGACGCAGGGGAGGCAGGGGGGGUGGCGUGGGGGGCAGAGGAGGAGGAGCAGGGGGAGGAGCAGGGGGGGCCGGGGGUGAGGGCUUCAAGAGCUCCUUCAGCGACUUUUUCGAGACGAUCGGGAAGAAAAGGAAAGUGACCCCUGCUCUGUCGGAACCAGGGUUACCCAAGAAACGAGGGAAGGGUGGGGGAGGCAGGGGAGGAGGGGCUGCAGGGGGGGAGAUGGGGGUUGGGGGUGAGGGGUGGAUGCCGGUGAGAAAACGACGCUCGCGCAAGAAUGGGGUUCUGAAGGGGGAGGCAGGGGGGCAGCUGGAGCAAGACUGGUCUAAUGGGGGAGGUGUCUGGGGGGAGGAGGGGGGAGGGGAGAGGGAGAGAGGGCCGAGGGGGUACCAGGCCUGUGGCUCACUGAGGGGGGGCUUCCUGUCCUGUGAGGGGGGGGGAGGAGGUGCGUACAGCAGCCCUGGGGGCAGCAGAGGAGGUGGAGGUGGGGAGGAAGUGCAGGGUUUGUUUGCUGGAUAUUUCCGCUCCCUGCUCGACUCAGACGACUCCUCCGACCUCCUGGACAUCUCCUCCUCUCGCCCUGACCCCAGGAAACCUCCUCCCACCCCGGGCUACGACUCCUCCAGCACUGCCCCCGGCCCAGGCUCUCGCUGGUCCCCACCCUUCCCCAAGCGCAGCCCCAAAGGAGAGCCAAGGGAGAACCAAACCCAGGCCUCUUCGUCCUCCUCUUCCAGACCUCCUUACAGCUACUACCUUUCCCAGAACUCCCCCACCACUUCCUCCUUCCCCAAGUCCACCCCUCCCUCCCGAUCUCUGACCCACUCCCCCAGUUCCCCCCAUCCCUCCUCCUACGGUCAGUACCCGUCCGGCUAUUCCUCCUCCUCUCCUGCGGGGGGCAGCGCAGCACCACAGAGACCCACAGACUGCAGCUUUGCUUCCUAUGGGGCAGCAGGGCUGGAUAAGGCCUCCACAGCCCCCCCUGUGUGCCAGGGUCAGAUGGGCUAUUCCAACUUUUCCAAGCAGGGAUAUGGGGGCUACCCUGGGCAGGUUGGACCAUCCUCUCCAGGUGGAGGGGGGUAUAUGGCCAUGGCCAAGAAUAGCCCCGUCCCCUCCUCAUCUUCUCCAGAGGGAUACAGACACUGCCCCUCCAACCAGUGGAACUACAGGCAGGGCUACAGUGGCUGGGCGUGGGACAGUCUGGGUCAUCAUUACCCAGGAGGCUACAGUGACUACGUCACCCCAGGCCCCAGCGAGCCCAAAGACAUCCUAGACAUCUCCAACUACACCCCCCAAAAGGCCAAGCGACAACACUUCCUCGAGAGCCUAUCAGAGUCCUCCUCUGACUCAUCCCACCUAGGGAUCACCGGGUCAGGAGGCGGGGUCAGUACCGGAGGUGGGGGCGGAGGCUCGGGUUCAGGUUCCGGAGGUGGGGCUUACAGGCAGGGUGGAGGCAGGGAGUCUCUUCCUAUUGGUGGAGAGGGAGGUCAAGGCCAGUCCAGCCUAUCAAGUCUGGAGAAGCUGAUGAUGGACUGGCAUGAGAGCGCCUCAGGCCCCUCCUACAACUGGAGCCAGAACGUUCUCUUCCAGGGGCAGGGGAAGCCCGGCCGGGGACGCAGGAAACGUAAUGCUGCUGAACCCCAAAUGGAAAAGGAGGGGGGUGGCGGACCAGGAACCACCCCAGACUCUCCCACCAGCCCCCCAGCCCAGACCCAGUCCCACACCCCAACCCAGGGCUCUGUUGCCAAACGCAGUGGGAUAGGGGGGCGGCAGGCCAGGGGGGCGAGGGGAGGCAGGGGAAGGCUGUCCCCGUCCCCUAGAGAAUGCCCCCCAUGGGGGAAGAAGGGUAAGGCUGCUGGGGGUGGGGAUGGAGGUGGAGGUGGAGGGGGUGCAGGAGGAGGAGGGUUCCAGGAAGGCCUUGACUACUACAGUGGAGACAGCAGCAGCCUCUCCCCCCUCCCUACCCCCGCUCUACACCUUGGCUACCCCCCCGAGCCCUGUGAGUACCCCUCCCCAUCUCCUUACUCCGCCCACCCCUCCACCCCGUCCUCAGAGGAGCGUUACCCAGCCCUCGUCCCAGCCCUACCACCCCCCUCUCACCCCUGCUCUUCCCCCCUCCUCCUUCUCCCCGUCCUGCUCCCAAUCGCCACGGUUACCGCCCCACUGUGGAACAGCGCUGAGCCCGCCCUAUCGUAA